UCUCCUUCACCGCUCUCUCCCUGUUCGCUCUCGUAGUGGCGUGUUGCGUCCUAACCCUCUCCGCCGCGUGCUUCCCUACCACGUGUUGUCGUACCGUCGCGCCUUAGCUGCCUUGCCUAACGUCGUAGCGUCAUCGCCUCCCAUCUCGAGUGGUCGUGCCUUCGCCGGACUGCCUUGCACCGUCGUGCCAUUGCUCCCCUUCCUCGCGUUGUCGCCUCCUGUCCACCCUUGAGUAUGGCUGGCUUCUCGCCUCUGCUCCCUUGAAGCUCCCGGAUGCUGCUGCUAGCCCCUGCUCCCUUGUAACUCGUUGCUCGUCGCCGCAUGCCGCCGCUCUUCCCACGCCGCAGCCCGCCGCCUUCAGAUCUGGCUCACUGCAUAAACCUAAUCUUUCAUCCACUCUCACCGAUUCAUCUUCUCAAGGUAUCCUUCCAGAGGCUGCUUUCAUUCACCUCACAACCAUAAGAAUCUAUGCUUCAGCGCACCACCAAGACAGACAGAUCAAAGAACGAAGAGUAAUAUGUUAAAGGCAAAGGUAUUCAAUGGCGCGAACGUGUUCAUGUCACGGAACCUGGUUCCGCCCGAGGUAUUCGACACUCUUCAUGAUGUGCUCAAAGACAACGGUGCACAAGUGCACCUCUGCUGCGACCCUUCCCGCAAUGGCCCCAAUGAUUACCAUGUCAUUUCUUGCAGUAAACAUGAGAAGUUUGAGGAUCUUAAAGCCAAAGGCUGCAAAUUGCUUGGUACAUGUUGAAAGACCCAGAUGUGUUCUUUCAUGUGCUAAAGAACUUAAGCCUUUGCCUAAAGUUGGAUUUACGUGUUGCCUUGCCAUGGAUGGUGUCAAAAUACUUGCAUCUGGCUUCGAUACCAAUGAGAAGCUUAAGAUAGAAGAGAUUGUGACUGAAAUGGGUGGUCUUCUACAUACUAAAGCAUCACUGGAUUUGAACUUUGUCAUUGUGAAAAAUGUUUUGGCUGCAAAAUACAAGUGGGCUUUGAAUAUACUGAAGAAACCAAUAGUUACCUAUGAAUGGUUAAAGCAAUGCUCAGAGGAGCAUCGUGUUGUUCCUCAGGAGUCAUACAAGGUCCUUCCUUUCUCCGGGUUGACGAUUUGUGUUACUGGGAUUCCAGCAGAUAAACGCAAAGAGAUUGAGAAGCUUACUUUACAAAAUGGUGGAAAGUACUCUGCAGAAUUGACAAAGAAGUGCACUCAUUUGAUUUCUGAUGCUCCUGAAGGUGACAAAUAUAAGGUAGCAAAACGUUGGGGCCAUAUUUAUACUGUGACGAGGAAAUGGUUUGAUCAAUCUAUUGCUCGAAGAGCAUGUCUGAACGAGGAGUCCUACCUAGUUCAGAAUGGACCUGUAUCUUCACAGAAAGUGAUUAAGGACAUAGAUGUACAGCAUAGCCAAGAAACGGAUAUUAGUAAAUUUCAAUCUGGAGUAUCCUCAGCUGUUACAGAUCCAAACAUGCCGGUUUCUUCUUAUGCUGAGUUUGUAGAUAAAAACCAAGAAGCUACAUGUUCAGAAUACACGUCUUCUUUUACAAAUGUUGCUACAUUUGUCAAAGAUACAAAUGCUGAAGCACCUCGAGGAAAGCCCAGUGAUGAAUUGAACCUUGAUGGCCCUGUUGCCAAUGAUUCUGAAUCUGAUGAUAAUGAUCUGUACUUAUCCGAGUGCAAAAUCUUUCUUGUUGGCUUUGAAGCUUCUGACAUGCGGAAACUAGUUAAUAUGGUGCGGAAAGGUGGAGGUUCCCGAUAUAUGUCUUUAAAUGCCAAGCUGACACACAUAGUUGUUGGAAACCCUUCAGAAUCGGAAAAGAAGGAUGUAAGGAGUCUUGCUGCUUUAGGUGUCAUUUAUGUUGUUAAAACGUCCUGGCUUGAAGAUUGUAACCGUGAAAAGAAAGAAGUCCCUGUUCUAAGGAGACACAUUGCAUCUGAUCUACUUGUUCCAAAAGGAAGCAUUGUCAAAGGAGCAUCAACAAGCAUGUCCAUGGUUCAAGGUAAAAGCUGUGGUUUUCCUAAAAGCUUGCAGAGUGCUCAGGUGGUGGGAGUUAUGGCCUCUGGAGGUGUAAAGCCAGUAUCUUUGGGGAAAGAUAAACUGGAUGUGGGUACAAGUGUUCACUCAUUCAGUAAAGCAAUGGGGCAAAAUCAACAUGCUUCUAAUAAGAUGACAGCUCCAAAGAUGACAGUGACACAACGUGAUCCCAGUGUAGAAUAUGUUAAGUCCACAACAGUUUUCAAAGGGAAAAUAUUUUGUUUCUCGGAUUUAUUUCCUGAAGAAAGGAGAGCUGAGGUCAUCGAAUGGAUACAUCAAGGGGGAGGACAAGUAAUAAGUGGGAAAGUAAAACAUGGUGUCCAUUUUACUGUUGAAUGUCAUGGUGUAACACCCAUGAUGGCAGCAAAUUCCCAAAGUACAUAUGUUUCGAGUCAUUGGAUACGAUCUUGCUUACAGGCCGGAUACCUAAUGGAUGUUGGCAGUCAUAUUCUUUAUUCUCCACUUUCCUGUCGCGUUCCCUUGCCCGGGUUUGAAAGCUUUCGGUUUUGUGUUUCGCAAUAUGAGGAAAAAGAAAGAAUUCUACUACGGAACUUGUGUUUUGUUUUGGGAGCUAAAUUUGUGGAGAAGUUAACGAAGAAGGUCAGCCAUUUGUUGUGUAAAUUCAAGAAUGGGCCCAAGUAUGAUGCUGCUUGUAAAUGGGGGAUCCGGUCAGUUACUGCCGAAUGGCUGUUUGAAUGUGUCAAACAGAAUGGAGUUGUUGCCAUAGACCAUUUUUUACCAAAAGAAGUCACUGCUCAAGAUCGGGAGGCAGGAAUUUGUACUGUGAGUCAAUUUCCUACUCAGGCCGUUCAAAUGAUAAGUGAUCUGACGUCCCAGUAUCCGAAUCAAUCACAAAAUUCGACAGACAAAGUAAAUAGAGGCAUAUAUAGCGGACUUGCCAGUAAUGGGACCGAUUUAAAAAUAUCAAAUAUUCAGAGCAAGAAGGCAAGGCUUGUGGAAGAUCCUGAUAAGGUGUCUUCUGCAGUAUAUUCAGGUAUUCAUCAUGUCAAUGGAAUGAAUUUUUCUGAAGACAAUACCGUAAAAGAUGCUGGACAGGUUCCUCAUGCUGUUCCUGAUGUUGCUGCUGCAAUUGAGGAUUUGUUAGAGGAGACAAGCAAGAUGCAUGAUCAGAGGUCACCAGGGAGUACAGGGCGUGAGAGAAGUAUCUAUUCAUCCGGUUGUACUAUCGUUUGUGAAGAGAAUUCCAAUCCUAAUGCUGUGUUUGGAUUGUCGAAACACUGGUUAAACAGAGGUGGCAGAAAAGAUGAUGAUGGUGAGGCUUCUCGAGACAGACAAGCUGAAACUUAUGAUCGUUUUAGCGAAACACAAACAGAAUCUCAGGUUGUUGGUUAUGAAGAGGAUUUGUCUGGAAGGCAAAUGCUUAUUGACAGAGUUCGAACUCGAAGUAGCGCACAAUAACGUCGGAACACCCCUUAACAAGCUUUUCGUCAAGAAUUUCAUCUUGUCCUUCGCUACUUGAGUAAAUAUAAGCAGUAGGUUAGCAUAGAAUGCCAAUUUGAAUUAUAUGUAUAUCAGUAUAUAUAUGAUUUGUUUGGCUUUGAGAAAUAGCACCCCUGAUGCCCAAGAAUUGUGCUGGAAACGUAAGAAGCAAAUAGUACAGAGCUACAGAUGUGGUUGAGAUAGGCAGAAUGCUUUUGAAUAAUUGCAUAGUAAUCUAUCAAAAAUAUUCACACAAGAUUUAAACGCUAAAAGAAAAAAAUUCACGAAAGAUUAAAAUG